UUUUUAAAUUUUAUUAUUAUUACUUUUUUUUAUUCAUGACACACACACACACAGAGACACACAGGCAGAGGGAGAAGCAGGCCCCACGCAGGGAGCCCAACGUGGAACUCGAUCCCAGGACCCCAGGGGUCACGACCUGGGUCGAAGGCAGGUGCUCAACCGCUGAGCCACCCGGGCGUCCCCGUGCAGUACAUUUUAAACGGGAUCCGAUGGCAAUCCCCCAGAUUCUCUUUUCUCGGUGGUCGUCAUGAUGCACUUGCAGGGAGUGAACUGCUGCCUCUAUCACAGGGAGCUAGGAUGAGAAGUGAGCGGGCGGCCGCAGAGCAGCAGCCUGGUUUCCGGGAAGGCUUGUUGCACACGAAGAAAUGAAGACUAAAAGCUGGGGGCGAGGAGGCCCGAGGAGCUUGAGCAUGAACCGAAUAGGCGAGGAUCCGUAGAACGGUCCCCAGAGAACUGGACUGUAAAUCCUGGGCUGGCCACGAUCUGAUUGUAGGGUUGCCACUUGGUGCGGCGUGCAAGCUUUUAGGUCGUCCUCAACUGGGAAGCUCGGACGUCCUUUUUGGGCACACCGCAGAAGGAUGUUAUCAUCAAGUCGGAUGCACCUGACACGCUGCUGUUAGAGAAGCAUGCGGAUUAUAUCGCGUCCUAUGGCUCCAAGAAAGAUGAUUAUGAAUACUGUAUGUCUGAAUAUUUGAGAAUGAGUGGGAUCUAUUGGGGUCUGACUGUGAUGGAUCUGAUGGGACAACUACAUCGGAUGAAUAGAGAAGAAAUUCUGACCUUCAUUAAGUCAUGUCAACAUGAGUGUGGUGGAAUAAGUGCUAGUAUUGGACAUGACCCCCAUCUUUUGUACACUCUAAGUGCUGUCCAGAUUCUUACUCUGUAUGAUAGUAUUAAUGUUAUUGAUGUAAAUAAAGUUGUGGAAUAUGUUCAGAGUCUACAGAAAGAAGACGGUUCUUUUGCUGGAGAUAUAUGGGGAGAAAUAGAUACAAGAUUCUCUUUUUGUGCGGUGGCAACCUUGGCUCUGUUGGGGAAGCUAGAUGCUAUUAAUGUGGAAAAGGCAAUUGAAUUUGUUUUAUCGUGUAUGAACUUUGAUGGUGGAUUUGGUUGCAGGCCAGGUUCUGAAUCCCACGCUGGGCAGAUCUAUUGUUGCACAGGAUUUCUGGCUAUUACUAGCCAGUUGCAUCAAGUAAAUUCUGAUUUACUCGGUUGGUGGCUUUGUGAACGACAGUUACCAUCAGGUGGACUCAAUGGAAGGCCCGAGAAGUUACCAGAUGUCUGCUAUUCGUGGUGGGUGUUGGCUUCCCUAAAGAUAAUUGGAAGGCUUCAUUGGAUUGAUAGAGAGAAACUGCGAAGUUUCAUUUUAGCAUGUCAAGAUGAAGAAACAGGAGGAUUUGCAGACCGACCAGGAGACAUGGCAAAUCCUUUUCAUACUUUAUUUGGAAUUGCUGGAUUGUCACUUUUGGGAGAAGAACAGAUUAAGCCUGUUAGUCCUGUUUUUUGCAUGCCUGAAGAAGUGCUUCGGAGAGUCAAUGUUCAGCCUGAACUAGUGAGCUAGACAUUGAUGGAGAUAAGAGAUAAUGCUUAGUAUAGUUUUGCCAUCUUAACAUUUCUGUAAAGUGCUUAUCAAAUUUAAUGACUACUGUGUCACUAUUUUGUAUAUGAAUUGUAUUAAUUUUAAUAAAUUAUGUAAUUAUACAUACUGUAAAAUAAAGAUCUUUAUCUUCAGCUUUAGAUUUUUUCUGCAAUGCUGUUAUCCUGAGUACAGUAUUUUGUUUCUGCUUAAGUGUAUUUAUUUGUAUGUUUCCUUAACAGCAAACUAUUGACUUAAAGUUUAAGUCCUGUGUUCUACUUGAUUUUCCCAUGUGCUUCUUUCAUGUCGUACAAUAAUGGUUAAUGUAAAUUGACCUAUAUCAAUGAGAAUGUUAACUGGUAAAAAUGAUAAACCUAUCCAUAUAUGAAUUAAAAGAUUCACCAGAAUAAAUGGCUGUUGAAAUUUG